AUGUCAAUUGGUCACGGAAGCACCACGAAGAAACUGAAGCGACGGAAGCAUCUGCCGAAAAACUGGGAGGAACUGGGGAGAGUGAAGCCGGACAUCGGUCGUGACCGAGAGGGGGAACGGCGACUCAGGACAAUCGCGACGAAGGGCGUCGUUCAGCUGUUCAACGCCGUGCGCGUUCACCAGAAAGAGGCUCCGGUCGACGAGGACUUCCCGAAACACUCCUCUAAAGAUGGUGAGUUUUCGGUUGCAAAGUACGCUGGAAAAGUGCUUUCCACCGUCAAAGGGGCUAAGACAGCGAGAUCCGCCGUCUCUGACGUGAAGCUUGUGAAAAACGAGAAGCAACUGGCUUCGACGACCACUUCCAAAUGGGAAGUUCUGCGCGAUGACUACCUUACAGCGCCGGCCAUGAAGCACAUGAAGGACUGGAACAAAUCUGUCGACCCCGUCUAUGACGAUCACUCCAAUGACUUGGAAGGAACGCACAUUGGUUAA